UGAACAUAGACAUGGCGUUAAUGCCGGCAUCUGCAAGAAGACUAGUGGAAGCUUGUCACAUUGCAACAUCUCCAGAUACCACACGUUUUGCAGUUGACUGGCUGGGAGUAGAAGUCACCUGGGCCACUCUUGGGAUCUUUGGGAUGGGCAGCAUUGGGUAUAACUUAGCGAAGAGAGCAAAAGCUUUUGACAUGAACAUCCUUUGUCACAACAGGAACCACAGAAAAGAGGGAGAAGAACAGGCAAUUGGUGCCACUUAUUGUAAAAACAUAGAAGACUUGCUCCAGCAGUCUGACUGUGAUGUUGGUUGUGAAUCUGACAUCUGA